GCACGCCUGCUUUUUCGUGGUGCCAUAUCUGAUGAUAUACCAUGGAAAAACAUUGACGAAGGCCAUUAGCCAUAUGAUAAACCGUAAAAACAUCAGAAUGAGCAGGGACCUCCUGACGCAGCUAGUCGUCUUCGCUUGUCACCACAAUCAGCAGCAACAGCCGGGUUUGAUGCCGGAGUUUUCAUCUAUCGACAUAAACCAUCCUCAGACCAUUUCCCAAAUGUACCUUCGUAUCGUCAAACCCUCCCAGUACUGGACUCCUGUCAGUGAAGUCUGGCCCAAUGUCUUCAUAGCUGACGAGAAAACAGCGAGGAACAAAGCCAAACUGAAAAAGAUGAACAUCACGCACAUUGUGAACGCUGUGCCGUUGUCCUUAAAGGAAGAGGAAUGGAAGGACUACUACCAGAAGAAGAACAUCACUUACUACAAUGUGCGUUCAGGACUCGGAGUCCAGGGCUGGCCAAACAUAGCACAGUUAUUUUCACCAGCAGCAGAAUUCCUACACAAGGCCCUGAGUGACACAAAGAGUAAGAGUUGACA